AUGCAAAAUCCCUUGGAACUUGGAACAAGCCUGUUCCUUUUUCCAGGAGCUUAUAUUGUGAACAGAGCUCAGCAAAAGGCAAUAUACAUCCACAUCUCCAUCCGUCAAUUCUUCCGACAGACCCCAAAACCCCUAGAUAUCCGAGCAAAUAACUGCUUACGCACUAAAUUAUGUUCCAGGAUUGCCGAAAAACAAGGGAUAGAUCGAAGAACUAUUGAGCAGCCCACAUCCGCGUUCUUCCUCAAAUACAACGGUGAGCCCAUAACGAGGACCAAUGUUCAGCGCCUCUUAAAGGGCUUCCUGAACAAAUCCGGGCUGGGAUCUUUGAGGAUAUCGUGCAACACUUCGCGCCACGAUGCAGCAAGAAUUCAAUACGAGCGCUUUUUCUCUGCCUCGUACCAGGAGUACAGCCCUGUUGACAAAGACCUCGCAGUGCUGGAGGGGCAUAAGCCGCGAACGCAGCUGUUGAACUACAAUGACAAUUACAUUGUAGCCUGCGCUACGGCUUAUCAUAAGCUACAAGUGUUCGCCGACGAGGAAGCACGCAAGCACGCGGAGCGUGUGGACAGGGUUUGCAGGAUGGUCCACAUAGUAGAUCUGGGAUUGAGUGAAACCGCAGAGGAUGAAUCUUCCGAACACUCUUCAUCAUCCAGCGAUGACGACGAUGAUGAUGAGGGUAAUCGAAGUAGUUGUUCUUCGGUGCCAUAAAA